UCAGCUUUUCAGUGAAUCUGUUGUCAUCCAUUCUCUCCCUGCUGGUUUCCUGAAUCCUUCCUUUAGCACAGAAAGCACGGAAAGCAGAGCUGCUGUUCUGAGAAAAAUAGCGCGGAGAAGUUUAACUUUUAGGAUACAGAUGAAAACAUUUUGUUACUUGGAGCUUACAGUACAGCAAACACAGUGGAUUCCUUCUUGGGAUUACAAGGAUAUAACUGCAACUGGACUGUCUGGAGGAAAGAUUUAAGUUAUGCUCAUCCUAAGCUCAGCAAGGACUUGGAAAUGGCAAGUAGUGCAAUUCUUGUGCCUUUGUAGCUGGGGCUGGGUCUCUGGGCAGCUUCGCUAUUCUGUUGUUGAGGAAUCUGAUCCGGGGACUUUUGUAGGGAAUGUAGCUCAGGAUUUGGGGCUUAAAAUCUCUGAUGUUUCUAGGCGAAAGCUAAGAAUGGGAUCCGAGGGAAGCAGGAAAUAUUUUUCUGUGAACUGGGAAAAUGGAGCUCUGACUGUAAAUGAAAAGAUCGACAGAGAAUCUCUGUGUGGGUCCAGCACCAUCUGUUCAUUGCCUGUCGAAGUAGUUAUUGAAGAUCCUUUGCAACUGCACCGCCUGGUAGUUGAGGUUUUGGAUAUAAAUGACAACUCUCCUGUGUUUUCAACUGCUCAGCGUACUAUAAAAAUCCUAGAAUUGCUUGCAAACCCUGGUACCAGGUAUCCCCUGGAAAGUGCACAUGAUCUGGACGCAGGGGCCAAUGGCAUUAAACAGUAUAGUUUAAAUCCCAAUCUUUACUUUUCAUUGUCCGUGAAAAAGAGGAGCGAUGGGACUCUUAUACCUGAGCUGCUGCUAGAAAAAACCCUUGACAGAGAGGAAAUCGGUGAGCAUCAUCUGAUCCUCACUGCUGUAGAUGGAGGUAGCCCACCUAGAUCAGGUACCUCCCAGAUACAUGUUGUAGUUCUAGAUUUAAAUGAUAAUGCACCUAAAUUUGAAAAGAAUUCCUUUAAAUGUACCAUACAUGAAAAUGUCCCUUUAAAUACAAUACUACUGCAGCUAAACGCCACAGAUAGAGAUGAAGGUGCCAAUGGUGAAAUAGAAUAUUCAUUUGAUGACCAUACGCCUGCUUCAAUUCAAAGGUUAUUUGCCAUAAAUCAAAAGACCGGUGUCAUCUCUACCAUUGGUCCUAUAGAUUAUGAGGAGUCAAGCUCUUUUGAGAUACCUGUUAAAGCAAGGGACAAGGGGGUGCCUGAAUUGGAAGGGCACUGUACUGUGUAUGUGGAGGUUGAAGAUGUAAAUGAUAAUUCCCCAGAGAUCCUGAUAACAUCUUUAAUGAAAGCAGUUCCUGAAGACACAGUGGUUGGAACAGUUGUUGGACUUUUUAAUGUAAAAGAUCAAGAUUCUGGGCAAAAUGGGCAAGUAAGACUAGAGCUACCACCUAAUAUACCCUUUAAGUUUAAAUCAUUUGAUGAUCAUUACUCCUUGGUGACAGAUAGGACUUUGGACAGAGAAAAAGUAUCCCAGUAUAUCAUUGAGCUCAGUGCAAGUGACCUGGGGGAUCCACCUCUUCAUACACAACAUAAGAUUAUUUUAAAUAUUUCAGAUGUCAAUGACAACUGCCCAACAUUUACCCAUGCCACUGUCAGCGCCAGUGUACAAGAAAAUAAUGAACCAGGCCAGUUGCUGUUUCAGGUAUCUGCUUUUGACCCUGACGAGGGGGAGAAUGCCAACUUGGUUUACUCGAUUGCGGAAAACGCAGCAACAAGCACCCCCAUCUCCUCCUUUGUGUACAUUGAUUCCAAAAGUGGAAAUAUUUACGCUCAGCGUUCUUUUGACUAUGAGCAUGUCCAAGUUUUGCAAAUUCCAGUGAAAGCGGAAGAUUCUGGAGUGCCAAAAAUGUUUUCCAACACCACUAUUUAUAUUUUCAUUUUGGAUACAAAUGAUAACCCUCCCGCCAUAUUUCAUCCAGACCUCUCCCUUGAGGACCCCGUGGAACGGAAGAUUCCAAAGUCUUCUCCUGCUGGAUACUUGGUUACAAAAGUGACAGCUGUGGAUGCCGACUCUGGAUACAAUUCUUGGUUAUCUUACAAUAUUAUUGAUGCCACAGAUUCGUCUUUGUUUCAUGUAUCAGCUCAAACUGGUGAAAUCCGAACCACCAGAGCUUUCCAGGAAACAGAUACACCUGAGCAAUACUUGACUGUAUCAGUCAGUGACCAUGGAAAGCCACCGUUAUCUGCCUCAGUAAUAUUACUUGUUAUACUGGAUGAGGGCACUGUACAAGAAAACACCAAAACAUCCGACUUUUUUAGCAGUUCCACCAGCAAUGCAGAUAUAACCAUGUAUUUAAUUAUUUCUCUGGUGGCUAUUAGUCUUGUAUCUUUUAUUACCUUUGUGAUAUUGCUCGUUAAGUGUCUUAAAAGGGACCUCCACAGCCCAGGAUGGUGUUGCAAAAAUGAAUAUGAGUCAAAGUAUUACUCAGAACCGUGUCAGCCAACCCUUCAUUUGAACUCGGAUGGUACACUCAAGUACAUGGAGGUUAGGAUGGCCCCAACGGAGGCACAGGGUCAGUGUUAUAGGUCUUGUUUUUCCACACUGUCAGAUAAAAAUGAUAUCAACUUCAUGAGACCAUUAAAUUUCCCUCAGCUGAAAAGCAUGGUCAAUGAAACAGAGGUGUUAUUCCCGCCUCUGAAUGAAACUAGCCAGGCGCAACCUAACGCAGAUUGGCGGUUCUCCCAGGCUGCUCAGAAACCCGGACCCAGUGGGGCUCAGCCCACAGAGGAAGCUGGUGUGUGGCCAAAUAACCAAUUUGAAACAGAGAGACUUCAAGCAAUGAUUUUGGCAUCUGCAAACGAAGCUGCUGAGGGAACAUCUGGCCUCGGAGGUGGAACAGGAACAAUGGGACUCAGUGCCCGCUAUGGACCUCAGUUCACCCUGCAGCAUGUCCCUGACUACAGACAGAAUGUUUACAUUCCAGGAAGCACACUGACUCCCACUAAUGGAGCAGGAAAGCGGGAAGGAAAAGGAAACAAAAAGAAAUCCAGCAAAAAGGAUAAGAAGUAAUCAGUGACUUUUACUUAUUGGGCAGUAACCCCAGAAGAAUUCCCCAAGCGAAUUGGUAAAAGAGAAUCUGAAUGUCAUCUUUGGGGAAACACAGUAUAAGAAUCAGUCAUGUACGUUUCAUCUGAGCUAUUUGCAAAAAUCUAGAUAAUUCUGCCUCUAGUUCUUAUGGUACAGUAUGUAUUUCCACCUCUGGAACAAGUGCUCUGUUAAUAUUAGGCAACAUUUUGUACCAGUGCAAGGUAAUUUCAUAGCUGAUAAUAUGCACACUUUCUACAAACUGCUAAAAAGAUGGUUUGUUCCCACAUUUCUAAUUGUGGAACUUCUUCCAUUGUAAAUAAUUUCAACAAAAUAGCUAUUUAUAAUUUAUCCGCAGAAACUGUCCAAACUUGGGUCCCUUCCUUUCCAAAUUGCUAUGAUUUUUCCUUUUCAAGAAUCCAAAAUAUCACUGGCAGUAAAGGAAUAUCUCUGAAUGUAAAGCUGAGGUUUUGGGGACUGUUUAAAAAAUCCAUUGCUGAAGGUCAUGCUAAUUUAGAAGCCAGGCAGUUCUCCAGCCAGUGAUUCCUCUGACCUCAGAAUAAGUAACUAUGAGAAAAGAAAGAAACAAAAUUCAAAUAGCUAGCAGUUUGCCUGCAUGCCCUUCACAGGGGAACAAUAUCUCAAAACUGGAGCAAAUAUGAUUAAAAAGAAGCCACUACUGCUCAAAAAUUGUAAAAAAAAAAUGGAAAAAAAAUAUUUGUAGUGAUUGUACAACUACUAAUGAAAAUGUGUUAACGGUGUUAUUUUAAUACUGUAAUUAUUGGUGGGUUUGUUUUUUUGUUUAUUUUUUUGAGGAAUAAACGUUCAUCUCCUGCACCAACAGUAAAUGAGUUGGGAGAAAUAAAAAAAAAAAAAAAGACUAAAUAAACAAAGAAGGAGGAGGAAAACACCCAUAAUGUUACGCAGAACGCAAAACAAUGAUGUUUUAGGUUCUUUCUCAACUCAAAGAGUGCUCAAGAGUUUAUUACACUUCUGCACAGUGAAAUGCAUGUAUAAACCUCACUCUGCUAUGGCAACUUCACCAGACUGUGUUGCAUGUUUCCAGCAUGGGGUUAUUCAUUCUUUAUAUAGGAUGGUAUAUAAGUGAGCCUGUUUAGUGCAGGUCAGAUAAGUAUAUGAUUAGAAAGAGAUAGGUCAGAUGGGGGAAGGAAUAAAGCCACAGAUCAACAGCCAAUCCAAAAGCUGCUCCACUAUCUGUACAAACAUGAAUUCCCUAACAUGGCUAACAUGUAGGGUCCCCACUUUUAUUUUGUUUCAUUCACUGUGGUGAAAGCUAUUUGCAGUCUAAUAAUCUCCUGUGCGAUGCAGUUAAUUUUAACCAAAUAGCCACAAUUUCCUGACCCCAAAAUGGUAAUUGGAUUGCUCAGUGGAUCAAAUACUACUGACUGUUAAAUAAAUCUGAAUUAUAUAUUCCCUUUCCACUAGAAGGCAUCCAACCCAUUAUGAAAUAUAUCUUACCGUACAGUAAAGACACUCUUUAAUGAUAAAAAUCAUGGCACAAAAACAAUAAUGAUUGUGAUAACAACGCCACUCUGAUAUAGAUAUUAAAAUCUUUGGGAAGGUGGCCAUACAGCUGGCGUCUAUAAAAAAUAUACAACUGAUCCACAGGAAAUAAAAUGGCCUAAUACAUUGCUUCUGUUCAUUCGGGCAGAUGUACCAAGCAACCAAUAUGCUUCCAUUCCAGUUUAGACAGAUCACCAGUGAUCUGAAAGAACCAUAGAAGGGCUGAAGGGCCUGUUAAAACACAAUACUAAGCUGACAGAUGGUCAGGCAGUACGGUUGGCCCAACUACUAGGCCAAGUGUGGGCACAUACACCCAGCUUUAUUUUGAAUAAUUCAUCUGACAGUCACAAACACUAGCCCAUUGGUACUAAUGGAUCCUAAUGCAUCAUAUUUACUUCUACUGAGUCACAGUAUAGGUACAGUGUAAAUAAACACUUGUAUAUUGGAAUUCCUUCUUCUUUGGCCCCCAGGACCUUUUCAAACAGUCCAGGUUAGGAUUGUGGUUGCAUUGAUGUAUCUUUUAUAUUUCAAAUUAAUCUGAAUAUUAGAUGAAUCACCUAUAAUACAAAAAAAAAGCUAAAACACCAUUCCCAGCUUACAAUUCUUCAUAAAAAUAGGUUUUUAAUGAUUUCAUUUUAUAACAUAUUAUAUUGUACCAGUUUAACAAUAAGCAGGUUAAUAUCUGGUUUUAAUCUUUCAUGUGCAUUAAAAAAUAAUACUGACAGAUAUGUUGUUAUCUACUGAAGUGGGCAAAUCUUUCAUUGGUUGAAAUCUUUCCAUUCUCCGGCAGCCAUUGGCUUAACAGAACAGUGAUACAAUAGCUCGACAGCUGAACUUAUCAUGUUUCCUAUAUUUGAUAUAAAGGGACUAUGAAAUAAAAGCUUUUCGUUUUACUUAACACUUUUACAGUAAUAAAAUAAUCAGCUUUGCUUUCCUGUGAAAAUAUGGUUUAAUAUUUUUUUUCUCUUGCUGGUUAAGAUGUAGCCCUUGAUCCUCGCAACCCUUGUACAUGUUAUUAUUUCAUUCUUUCAUGACAAUCUAUCCUUUAGGUCUCAUUCAGUUAUAGGUUAAUAAAAGUGCCUCUUUUCAAAAGGCCAGCAUGGAGGGGGGAAGUAUGAGAAAAGUAGCAUUUGCUUCGAACCACUGGUGUUGGAGUGGUUACCAUUUGCAUUGUGAGAUCUACUCAUUUGGGAAGCUGGCUGUUUUUUUCAAGCUUAAUACAGGCCCAUGGCGCUAUAUAGUUCUAUUUACUGAAACCAUUAACCUAUAGCCCACUAUGCCAUAAUUCCUAAUAUCCCCAGUGUACAGUAAACUCCCAGAGCAGAUUAUAAAAUAUUGUAUUAUACUCUUCACUACCCUCCCCCGGGGUUGCGUCGUAGUGAAAUCAUUUACAUUUGCUUGUAAUGCAAACAGAUAGGGAAGUCACGUGAAUAGUUUAGCAGUAGAUGACAUUUUACUAUUUUAUUUUUUCUUAUAAUUAAAAAAAAAUCCAUUGUAGAGAAGCUAUUGUCUUGUACGAGUAAUGUGUUUCUUUUCAUCCCUGUAGCUAACUCGUGAACAGCAGUAUUUUAAUAUCCUCUUAUCUUUCUAUGUGGUUUGUGAUAUCAAUGUACAUGAGAUGAAAUGCACCUGUCCUUUCAAUGUGUCUAAUAACAAGCUUUACCUACAUAUGAUAUAUAUAUGCUUAUUACCCUUUCCUGUAUCCAUCUAGGCCCAUGACAUUGUAUCACAUGCAAGUUUUAUACUCUGUUUUUAUAUUGCUUUCUUUCUUUGGGAAAAAAAAAAUAAAUAAAACAUUUUCUUCAAAAAUAA